CCGGGUCGGUGCGGGGUCCCGGCCACCGCCAGCACCCAGCCCUGCUCCUGUAUAAAGUGCCAUGAUACUGAUUUUGCAGUCGGCCAUUAAACUAGCGUUAACUGUCGGAGCACGGCGGCGUCGAGGGCACCUCUGCUGCCACUGAACGGGGAGGUGCAUCCUGUUGAUGUCAGCAGCCUCGUGCGGCGUCGAUGCUGGUUCCGCAUCCACUGACCUGAGACCGUCUGUAUAAGGUGGACCCAGUGAACUAGAGGGGGAAAAAGGGAGAAGGAAGAAGUUUUUCCUUCUAUCAGAGACCAGACAACUCCGUGCACAGACCAAGAAACAAAGGACUCCAUGCUUAAACGCCACCCUUGGAAUUCGCAGUUCAUACCAUUCAACCAGGGGACCGGAUACUGAUCAAGUCAUGGAAGGACUUUAAAUUACAGCCUGUAUGGGAUGGCCCUUUUCCCGUAGUGUUGACCACUGAAACUGCUGUGAGGACUGCCGGAAAAGGUUGGACACACUAUACAAGGAUAAAAGGACCAGUGGAACUCCCAUCUGAAGACUGGCAGUGGUGUGUGCCAUCAACUGAGAACCCCCUCUAUGUUAAGAUAAAGAAACAAUAGGCCUAUACUCCUGCUUCCAAACAUUUGUAAGAACCUUUAUAAGAUUGGCUUGUAUUUGCUGUGCUGAAAACAUAGGUUUUGGGGGUAAAAGUGAAAGGGAGGAGACUGAUUAGCAAAAGAGGAAAAAAUGUGGAAGAUCAUAGUGCUAAUGAACUUUUAUCUAUUAGGAGUUCAAGGAAAAAGUUUGGAACAGGAAGCCUAUGUUGAGCAAAUGAGAGGAUUGCUGGGAUACCCAGUCACAUUGCAGAUAAAUAUUACUAAGGCACAGAAUCCACAAACUAUCCAAUUUGACGCCUGUCAAGUGCUCAAGUGUGGAGAUCUAAAAGAGCAAAGGAAGUUAAGCAGUCACGAUAAAUACUUAUGCCCGGAGUAUUAUCUCCAGCCAUACUGGGGGCCGCCUUGUCCUGGGUGGAGUGAUGUUUGGUUUACCACUGCCUUUAAUGGCUGGGUCUCACCCAACGCUCGGGGAAAGUCUCUGAAAAGUAAAAUUGCAAUGUUUAAAGGUCACAUAAACCCUGACUGUAAGGAUUUAGAAUGCAAUCCCAUAAUACUUACCAUUACAAAUGCUGAUGGGGAGGUAAGCCAAACUUACGGCCUAGGGGCAGAUGUGCCAGGAAAAGAUCCACUUGCUAGACUUCGAAUUGUAGUUUGGGAACCAAAGAGAAAUGAACGUACCCAAACUACAGACACUACCAUUCCUCCAUUGGUAGAAGGGUCUCCACCAAAUAAUCCUAAGGUAGAAAAGGGGAAAGAUUUGAAGCGGACGUCUGAAACAGAAGCAGGAUAUGGAGAUACAAAUACCAGGGUAGAACUGGUCAAAUACAGAGUGAAAAGUUUAAAUAGAAGCAAUUGCGAUGCAUGCGCUUCGGGGCGACCUACAGCACAGGUAGUCCCUUUUCCUUUAGGAUGGAGUAAAGAUGCACAAGGAAUGAGGUGUAUGAUUGCGUUGUACCAGGAAAGGACUGCGUGGGGAAACGAAGCCUGUAAGUCCCUUUCCCUGCUGUUCCCUGCACUGCGGAAGAAGGACAUCAGGGUACCCCCCACCUUCUCCUCGGCAGCUGGUAACCAUACAGCUUGUCUCUCACGGAAGGGUGCAAGUGCUACCAAAGAUCUUGGACAACUGGAGAUGUGCACGGAAUUACUAAACGUGGCUGAGGAGGAAACAGGUAAUUACUCAGCUCUGAGUAUCCCCAGAGCAGACCUGUGGUGGUAUUGUGGAGGAAGAGUCUUGAGACCUACGCUUCCUCCAAAUUGGAGAGGCACGUGUGCGAUUGUCCAGUUGGCCAUUCCAUUUACCUUGGCAUUUGAAAAGGGAACAGCAUCUUAGAAUUUAUGCAAAAAGCAAAUAUUCAAACAAAAAGGGGGAAUUGUGAAAAGUAUGAAGAUACUGGUUUUGCAGUCGGCUAUUAACGUAACUGUUGGAACACAAUGGCAAGGCAAGAAGCUCUGUCAGGAUCUGGGUUAGUGGUUACAGCUCAUGACAAGUUCAGCAAUGUGCAGAAGCCAUAACGUAAUGGGGUUAGCAAAUAAGGGGAGUGGGAGAUACAGACAGGGGUGGGACUUCACAUGGGAUGUUGGGUAGGCUGUGCACCUUGGAGUACCCAACCAGUGGGAAACAAGGGAGGGACUUUGCGGUCGGGGAUAGGGAAUAAAGGGAAGAACUUUGUAUUCAUCGGGUGUGUUUACUCACUAGGACACCCGUUUUCUCAAAAACAUUCAAUAAAUCAUUGCUUCACUGCUGUGGCUGA